GGCCGCUUGCACCCCUGGGGAGGCGCCGAGCUCCAUCGUCUCGUUUCCGGCGGUCGCGCGCUCUUUUCUUGGGACGGUAGAGGCCGUGUGGCGUCGCCGUUACUCCGAGGAGAGAAGAGUCGGUAGAGGAAACGAUUGUCGUAAGGCGACACCUUUCUUUGUGUUCUUAACGGAGAAGUCGGGGGUAGAGACGGCGGGGAGGCACUUUGCUAUCUUCCAUCUAGGUCGAGGGCGCAAAAAUGCAGAGCAAUAAGACCUUUAACUUGGAGAAGCAGAACCAUGCUCCCAGGAAGCAUCAUCAGCAUCACCACCAGCCACACCACCAGCAGCAGCAGCAGCAGCCGCCGCCGCCUCCGAUACCCGCGAACGGGCAGCAAGCCAGCAGCCAGAAUGAAGGCUUGACUAUUGACCUGAAGAAUUUUCGGAAGCCGGGAGAGAAGACCUUCACCCAGCGUAGCCGGCUCUUUGUGGGCAAUCUUCCCCCUGACAUCACUGAGGAGGAAAUGCGGAAGCUAUUCGAGAAAUACGGGAAGGCGGGCGAAGUCUUCAUUCAUAAGGAUAAGGGCUUUGGCUUUAUCCGAUUGGAAACGCGGACCCUAGCGGAGAUUGCCAAAGUGGAGCUGGACAACAUGCCCCUCCGUGGGAAGCAGCUGCGCGUGCGCUUCGCCUGCCACAGUGCGUCCCUUACGGUCCGGAACCUCCCUCAGUAUGUGUCCAACGAACUGUUGGAGGAAGCCUUUUCUGUAUUCGGCCAGGUGGAGAGGGCUGUGGUCAUCGUGGAUGAUCGAGGAAGGCCCUCAGGCAAAGGCAUCGUGGAGUUCUCAGGCAAGCCAGCUGCUCGGAAAGCUCUGGACAGAUGCAGCGAAGGCUCCUUCCUGCUGCCCAGAUUUCCGCGGCCUGUGACUGUGGAGCCCAUGGACCAGUUAGAUGACGAAGAGGGACUUCCAGAGAAGCUGGUCAUAAAGAACCAGCAGUUUCACAAGGAGCGAGAGCAGCCGCCCAGAUUCGCACAGCCCGGCUCCUUCGAGUACGAGUACGCCAUGCGCUGGAAGGCGCUCAUCGAGAUGGAGAAGCAGCAGCAGGACCAAGUGGACCGCAACAUCAAGGAGGCGCGCGAGAAGCUGGAGAUGGAGAUGGAGGCCGCGCGCCACGAGCACCAGGUCAUGUUAAUGCGGCAGGAUCUGAUGCGGCGCCAGGAGGAGCUUCGGAGGAUGGAGGAGCUGCACAACCAGGAGGUGCAGAAGCGGAAGCAGCUGGAGCUCAGGCAGGAGGAGGAGCGCAGGCGCCGUGAGGAGGAGAUGCGGCGACAGCAGGAAGAAAUGAUGCGGCGCCAGCAGGAGGGAUUUAAGGGAGCCUUCCCCGAUGCGAGAGAGCAGGAACUUCGCAUGGGCCAGAUGGCCAUGGGAGGUGCUAUGGGCAUAAAUAACAGAGGCGCCAUGCCCCCUGCUCCUGUGCCGACUGGUACCCCAGCUCCUCCAGGACCGGCCACUAUGAUGCCAGAUGGAACCUUGGGAUUGGCUUCGGGUUGCUUGCCCUUGUCCGGCAAAAAGGAUAUGGCUACAACGCACCCAUCCUGGGAUUUUCGUACGUCACGUUGUUUAGCAGAUAAGACUAGAGAGAAAAAGACCCCGCCAACAACCGAACGCUUCGGCCAGGCAGCUACGAUGGAAGGAAUCGGGGCCAUCGGUGGAACCCCGCCUGCGUUCAACCGUGCGGCUCCUGGAGCCGAAUUCGCUCCAAACAAACGUCGCCGAUACUAAAAGAAAAAAAUUGCAGUGUCUAGUUUCCCAAAACCCUUAAGAGAAGGACCCUUUUUGGACUAGCCAGAAUUCUACCCUGGAAAAGCGUUAGGGAUCCCUCCCAGUAGUUAGGUCUCCCCUGCCUGUCCACUCCAGGGAGUCUGCUGGAGGCAGAGGGCGAGGGAGGGGCGGUGUCUACCGAAUCAAUUCUGUGUGGUAUGUCGUCUAACUCAUCGAAUCAUGUGGUGCAUUCCUGAACUCCCAAGUGAUUUUGGAGGGUCAGGAGGUGGGGGAAUCGUGACAGACAGGAUUCAUUGCAGUCAGAGCCCCGUUCAUCUUGAUCAUUCCGUUCUCCGUGCCCUCUCGCGUCUCAGCCCCCCCAGCCCCAGAGACACUGCCAGGUAUACCACAGCACCCCAGCACCCCCGAUGACCUUAGCCUCAUCCUCCGUUCACUCCCAGGUGGGAAUUCAGGCCAACGUCCGCAGCGGUCAGCGAUAACAUACAUACGGUUCUGUUCUAUCCCAUACAUUGCCCCUUCCACGUCCCGAGGAAGACAUUUUUCUCUUAGAGCUUUUCAUUUUAGCACACCUUUAAAAAAUCUUGUGUUAAGUUGCCGCCUUCAUUUUCUUGGGUCAGGACGACCCGGGAAUGGCCCUCUCGUGUCCGAUGUUGCUGUUCAUAGCUUUUCUCGGUAGGCCUGGUGCAGUCUUGGGGACGGGGCUGCCGCGUGCCGACAGCCCGGACGGUGGCCCUCAGCCUUGCCUAUCCUAGGUAGUCACGCCGUGCAUUUUUUUAUCUGUGUACUACGUUUGAUUUGUCCCUGAUACCUUUGGAGUUUUUCUGAGAAAUGGAGCAGUCAUGCAGCAUCGACUUAUUAAAAUACAUUUUAAGCCUUUUAA